CGAACGGGAGGCCUCUGCCCCUACAGGGUGCGAGCGAAUGCUUUUAUUCUGCCACGUGGUUUCUACAGAGGGCUUCAGAGGCUGGGAGGCGGAGCACAAAGGGAACAGCUGGGCCAUGGAAAAGAAUCUGACAGCCGUUCCAGGGCCUCCCUCCCAGACCUGCUUCAUGACUUUUUUCAGUGAGUGCUCCCUGAUGCCUUGGUGCUUCAAGAGGCAACUUGUAGACCUGGUGAUGGAAGGGGUGUGGCAGGAGCUGCUGGACAGUGCCCAGAUUGAGAUUGGCAUAGCUGACUGGUGGGGCACCCGGGAGAACUGUGGCUGCAUCUACAGGCUUCAGGUCCGCCUACUAGAUGAAUAUGAAAAUGAAGUGGUCAAGUUCUCUGCCUCACCCAGCCCAGUCCAUCAGUGGAGGAAGAGGGGCACCAGCCUCACUCCGUCACUCUCUCCCCCACAGGUCUCUCAUGUCUUCGUUGACUUUGGCAAGGGCAUCCGGUAUGUGUCUCUCGAACAGUAUGGAAGAGACAUACAUUCCUGGGUGGGACACUACGGUGUCACUGUGGCCUGCUCUAGUGUGUGGGUCAGGAUUCGUCUGUCCUAGAUGGUCAGCCCUUUGGGACUUCCAGGACACACUGCCUUCUCCUGGAUGGUGUUAAAGUCAAAGGUGGCUUUGCAGCCUCCGGCUACACUACAAAAAGGGGGGAUCCUAUGUGACUCCCCUACAUACUUGCUGUUUCAGCAUCACGGUCCUCCUGCUGUGACAAACCAGAGACCUAACCAGCUUGUUUCCGGCUUCCUUCUCUCCUCAAGCAGGAGCCACCAUAAA